AUGGCCAAGAAAGUUGCAAGCGAGCCGGUUCUUUCAGGACUAACUAAUAACAAAGAGAACCACGAUUCUGCAAUAAUCGAUGAUGAGUAUGAUGAUAUCAACGACAAUGUCAGCAGAAGUGGGGGCAAUAGUCUUUACUCAUCGUCAAAUGCAAGUCAAUCACUGAUACCUACAACGCCAACAUUAACGAGGUCCGACUCUACGGCUUCGGUGCCUUUCUUGGACAUGUCCAAACUCAUGUUUGCCAAUGACUUUGAUUUUGGAUUCAACUUGAACGACGUCAGCGAUAAGACCAAGAAAAGAGUCAACAGCUUGAAAAAUAAGACCAAGGAGAGAUUGAGCAUCUACAAUAAAAGAGGCAACAUUGAACUUGAUAAAUUGCAAGAUGUCUUAAACCAAAGAUUACUCAAAUUUGACGAGCGGAUUCACCGCAACCUCACUAGCUCAUCAACAGAGAAGUUAUUCUAUGCCGUUAGUGUAUUCCUUAUAGCGUGUGCAGGGUUUGUGAUUGGCAAGUACCCCGAGUAUUUCCCUCAUUUCCACACCGCUAUUUUUGUUGUCCUUAUGCCGAUUAGAUUUUACACUUAUUUUAAGCAGUCCUUUCAGUUUUAUUUGGCGGACUUGUGCUACUAUGUCAACUUGUUGCUUAUGCUCUUUAUUUGGGUGUUUCCUCAAUCACCUACAUUAUUCGUUUCAGUGUUUUCGUUAUCGAUGGGUACAUUAUCGUGGGCCGUUAUCACCUGGAGAAACUCUUUGGUAUUGCAUUCAGUGGAAAAGACCACAUCGUCUUUUAUACACGUAAUGCCGCCUGUUACAAUGUUUGUUAUGGUUCAUGAACUUCCAACAGAAUAUAUAGAGAAGGUUUAUCCGGGAAUUGCUGCGAUAGAUAGUUGGAAUUUCAUAACAAGUUUGGUGAUAACAUCGAUGUAUUAUACCAUUUGGCAAGUUAGUUAUCACUAUUUCAUUACCAUAAAGAAGAAGGACGAAAUCGAGAAAGGUAAGGUGACUUCAUUUAGCUAUUUGAAAAAGAAAAACAGAUCAACGCCUCUAGGAAGAUUUGUCAAUGGCUUACCAUAUUUGUGGAUGCAGACUAUGGCAUUCACGCUUAUUCAGUUUGGAUACCAAUUGCUCACCAUGUUACCCUGUCCCAUUUGGUUCAAGUAUAAACAUGCAUGUGGCCUGUUUGUGUGCUUCAUUUUUAUAUGGGCCAGCUAUAACGGUGCUACUUGGUAUAUUGAUGUGUUUGGCAAAAGAUUGGAGAAAGAGGUUGCAAAGUUGAAAACUGAAGUUGGAAAGUUACAACAAGAGAAUGAAAAAUUGCAAUUCUCGCCUGUGAAUAGACCACAGAAUCCUACUGAUGAAAAUGAGGAUGUAAAAUUUGAGGAUUUAAACGGUGGAUUAAGAGAUCAGGGUCAAUCGAAAACAACGGCAACGGCAACGGCAACGGCAACAGCAAAUGCAAAUACAAAUGCAAAUACAAAGAUGCAACCAGAAACAGUUAAGCCUAUUCAUCCAACUACAGCUACUGGCAAGACAAUCACCGAACAAAAUCAUUGA